AUUACUCCCUUCGAGCCAUAUUACUUGUCUUAGAUUUGUCUAGACUUGACACGUUUUGUUACGGAUACAUACAAGUAAUAUGGAUCGGAUACUCCCUUGGCAGAGAAAUAUAAGACCGUUUAGAUCACUACUAAUACUAAAGAGGGAGAAGGAGUAAUAUGGAUAUGAGCACGAGGGAAUGAGGUUGACCGGAGCACAGUAGAGGACACGAGAAGAGCCUUCCAUCCCAUUCCCAUCAGCUUGGGACAGGACCGGGAAGGGACCCAUGCAUGUCUCCUCCCAAAUGCAUGCAUGACCAAACUAUCAUAUCAUUACGGGUAGGGUAGGGGGGACAAGGCAGAAAACAUUACCUGGGACUUGUCCCCCUCCCUCCUCAUGCCGCUCCUCGGCUUCUCCUAUAACUGUGGCUAUGCUCUCCGGCAAGGACCAUUCAGUCACACACUCGCACACACUCAGCUGCUGCCUGCUGCUUGCUUGCUCUUGGCCAUGCCCAUGGAGAUGGAGAGAGUUUGCAAGAGACGGCCGGGCAUGCCUCCUGCUCUCCUUCUCGCCCUUCAUGGCGUGGAUGAGCAGCAUAUGCCCGCACCAUCGGUGCCUCCGCCGCAGACCCCCAUGGAGCCCAUGGAGUACCUGUCCAGGUCCUGGAGCGUCUCCGCCGACGAGAUAUCCAAGGCCCUGCUGCUCAAAGGGGCCACCAAGCGGAGCUUCUUCGCCCCCGCCGACAGCCUUCUUCCGGCCACCAUACUGGACACAGAGACCUCCUCCUACGAGCUCCUCGCCGCUUCCGGUCAACAGCUCCAGCGCCAGCAACAUCUAGAUCAUGUAACAGGGAGGAGCUCCAUCAGCUGCCACCGCCACUCAAACUCGGUGACCAGAUGGUACUUCCAGCACAAGGAGACCGCCAGGCACGGCAGGAAGGAGAAGGCGCGCGCCGACCGGGCCCAGGCGCACGCCAUGGUCUCCGUGGCCCAGGUGUCCGCCGCGGUGGCAGCCGUCACUGCGGCGACCAGCCGGGACAACCAGGACUCCAAGAUAGCUGCAGCCAUGGCGUCUGCCACCAAGUUGCUGGCUUCGCACUGUGCUGAGGCAGCCCAGCUUGCAGGGGCAGGUCAUGAGCAGGUGUCCUCUGCUGUCCGGUCUGCGGUCGGUGUCGCGGGCCCGGGUGAUCUGAUGACGCUCACAGCGGCCGCGGCGACAGCUUUGAGAGGAGCUGCGACGCUGAAGAAGAGGGUCCAGCGCGAGGCGAGAAGCAAUGCCACUGUCAUUCCUUAUGAGAAGGCCCCUUUGUCCUCGAGUCCUGAUAUCUGGUGCAAGGAAGGCAAGCUGCUAAAACGCACAAGAAAAGGGGAUUUACACAAGAGACGGGUGUCAAUCUACAUUAACAAGAGGUCACAGGUCAUACUGAAGCUGAAGAGCAAACACAUUGGAGGUGCGCUUUCAAAAAACAACAAAAGUGUCGUUUACGGGGUAUACAGUGAGCUCCCAGAGUGGACUGAGCCAGGGAAAUGUUUACCAGAGACAUGCUGCUUUGGCUUGAGUACAGCACAGGGCCUGAUUGAGUUCAAGUGUGAGAGCAGCACCAGUAAACAGAGCUGGGUUCAUGGCGUGCAAAAUCUGCUCCAGCAGGUCGAUGUAGCUGAACAAGUAGGGCACAGGCUAGAAACACUAAAACUCAACUGGUGCAGUUAGGGUUAGUACAUGAACCCAAAUUUUGCAGGACAGAGGGUGUAUUAGGAUGCGUGCUUUGCAACAUCAGUGUACGCAAUAAAUGUCAAAGCAUGUUUUGGGCAGGUGGUAUGUAACAGUAACACUGCUUGAUUAUUCUCAUAAGUUCAACCCAGGUUAAGAUA